CCGGUCCGCGAGCCCCCGCGCCUCUGCAGACGAGGUCUGGCGGAGCUCGCGCCGUGGGAGGAGUCUGGCUCUGGCCGGCGACUCACCCUAGUCGGACUGCCAGGUCAACCGAGGAGGGACCCGGGCCAGGGAGAGGGACCCCGGCGUCGCGAACGCGCAGGAGUCUUCUCAUCGAUCCGUGGCAUCCACUAGUCCCGUGCACCCAGUCCCGGAAAGACCCCUAGCCCGCACGCCCAGCCCCGGGGGAGCCCGCCUCCGCCCCGCGGCCCGCCCGGGCCAUGCUCCCCCGGGGCAGCGGCUGAGGCCGAGCCAGGACCGGAGCCCGCGCGGAGCAUGGAUCUGGGCUGGGUGCAGCGGGACGUGGGCUGGGCGGCCCUGCUGAUCCUGUUCGCCGCCUCGGUGCUCACGGUGUUGGGCUGGCUGUUGCAGUAUGCCCGGGGCUUGUGGCUGGUACGGGCCCACCGGAGCCGGGGCCCGGGACCCGCCUUCACCGCCGAGCCCGGGGGCUCCCUGCGGGAGCUGGGCGUGUGGCGCUCGCUGCUGCGGUUUCGGCCGUCUCGGGCCGGAGCCCCCGAGGAGCCAGGCGUCUGGGGCCUCCUGGCGUCGCUCUUCGCCUUCAAGUCUUUCCGGGAGAACUGGCAGCGGGCUUGGGUGCGAGCGCUGAAUGAGCAGGCCUGCAGGGACGGGAGUUCCAUCCAAAUCGCCUUUGAGGAGGUGCCUCAACUCCCGCCCAGAGCCAACAUUAGCCAUGUGACCUGUGUAGACCAAUCAGAACACACCAUGGUGCUGCAUUGCCAGCUCUCGGCUGAGGAGGUGAUGUUCCCAGUCUCUGUGACCCAGCAGUCCCCCGCUGCCGUCUCCAUGGAGACCUACCACGUCACUCUGACACUGCCUCCAACACAGUUGGAAGUCAGCUUGGAGGAGAUCCCUGGUGAGGGGCUGCUUGUAUCCUGGGCCUUCACUGACCGCCCCGAUCUCAGCUUGACGGUGCUUCCCAAGCUGCAGGCCAGGGAGAGAGGUGAGGAGCAAGUGGAGCUCUCCACUAUUGAGGAACUGAUCAGGGACGCCAUAGUCAGCACCCAGCCCGCCAUGAUGGUCAGCCUCAAGGCCUGCUCUGCCCUGGGAGGCCUGGUACCCAGUGAGAAGCCACCCAUGGUGGCCCAGGCCCAGCCAGCCAUGCCCAGAUUGAGCCGGUUAUUCCUGAGGCAGCUUCAGGCAUCUCACCUGGGAAGUGAGCUGGAUGGCCCUGGGGAACUGUGUUGUGUAGCUGAGCUCGACAACCCCGUGCAACAGAAGUGGACCAAGCCCGUGAAGGCUGGUCCCCAGGUGGAGUGGACCGAGGACCUGGCAUUGGAUCUGGGCCCCCAGAGCCGGGAGCUGACCCUCAAAGUGCUGAGGAGCGGCAGCUGUGGAGACACUGAAGUCUUGGGCCAGGCCACCCUGUCUGUGGGCUCCCCUUCCAGACCACUGUCCCGAAGACAGGUAUGCCCACUCACCCCUGGGCCAGGGAAAGGCCUGGGACUGGCGGCCACCAUAGCAGUGGAGCUUCAGUACGAGGAGGGCUCCCCCCGGAGCCUGGGCACUCCCACCCCCUCCACUCCACGCCCCAGCAUCACACCUACCAAGAAGAUUGAGCUGGACCGGACCAUCAUGCCCGAUGGCACCAUUGUCACCACGGUCACCACCGUCCAGUCCCGGCCCCGUGUAGAUGGCAAAUUAGCAGACUCCCCCUCCCGCUCCCCGUCCAAGGUGGAGGUGACUGAGAAGACAACAACCGUGCUGAGUGAGAGCAGCGGCCCUAGCAGUGCCUCCCACAGCAGCAGCCCAGGGGAGAGCCACCUUUCCAACGGCUUGGACCCUGUAGCGGAGACAGCGAUCCGCCAGCUGACUGAGCCGAGCGGGCGGGCUGCCAGGAAGACGCCCACCAAACGUAGCACUCUCAUCAUCUCUGGUGUUUCCAAGGUGCCUGUUGCUCAGGACGAACUGGCACUGUCCCUGGGCUAUGCGGCAUCCCUGGAAACCUCACUGCAGGAUGAGGCAGGGACCAGCGGAGGUCCCUCUUCUCCUCCCUCAGACCCACCGGCCACGUCCCCAGGACCCCUAGAUGCCCUCUCCAGCCCUACGAGUGUUCAGGAAGCAGAUGAGACGACACGUUCGGACAUUUCCGAGAGGCCAUCUGUGGAUGAUGUUGAGUCAGAAACAGGGUCUACUGGUGCCCUGGAGACCCGCAGCCUCAAGGACCACAAAGUGAGUUUCCUGCGCAGUGGCACGAAGCUCAUCUUCCGGCGGAAGCCCCGGCAGAAGGAAGCCGGCCUGAGCCAGUCACAUGACGACCUCUCCAACACGACAGCCGCGCCCAGUGUCCGGAAGAAGGCUGGCAGCUUUUCUCGCCGCCUCAUCAAGCGCUUUUCCUUCAAAUCCAAACCCAAGGCCAAUGGCAACCCUAGCCCCCAGCUCUGAGGGCCCUCCUCGCCUCCAGAACUAGGAAUGGGCAGGAGUCCUCUCUGCCCAUUGCACACAUCCCCUUCCAUUCCCCUCCUGGAUUCCCAGUAGCCUGGGCCAGGCAAGUCCUGUCUGCCCUGGGCUGUGGGGCCCGUUGGAAGGGAACUUGCAACGGGAAGCACACGAGAGGCGGGCACCUGUUGCUGAGGACAUAGAAGAGGGAGUGGGUGGCUGGGAGGAAGAGGGGGGCUCUGUCUUGACAUGUGUGGGCAUUCCUCAGAACCGGUUGCCUGCUAUUGACACUGGCCCCUCAGAGGAGUCCCAGGGUGCUCAGCUCCUCGGCUGAUCCUUCCUCCCUUAUUUAUUCUCUUUUCUAUUUAUGUGUGUGAUCUAGGACCCUCAGUGAACAGGUGAGAGAGGGCGUCUCUCCCAGGUGACCCUUCUUUCCUGUUGCAGGAGGGUAGGCAGUUCCCUUUGGAAUGGAGUUCCCAUGCCUCCCUCAGGUCCCCACUGCGACCAGCACCGAUGUCUGCCUCUGAGGACACUGGCAGCUCACAGGAAGCCGGGCCGGUGCCCGGGAUGGGGGGCAGGUACUCCCCACCUCCUUGCCUCCCCUCCUGCUCCUUAUCCUGCCCUCCCUCUUUAUUACCAUUUUUGUACUUGAUGCCUUCUCUGUGAGCAGUGGCUCUUUUGGAAGGAGGGAGCCAGGAGCUUGGUGGGAAGCCUUCCACAGAGAUGGCUUUAGGGGCUUUAUUUAAAGACUGUGUGAUGAUUGAUAAUGGAGCAAAAGCAGGGCUGCACCUCUGUAUGUUAGGAGAUGAUGAUGUCCAUUGCUGUGUGAUGGCUUGGAAUUUAAUUUAUUAAAUUAAAGUCAAAUUGGAGUUUAUAAACUGGACAACUGGCUAUCCUUGGAAAGGUGAGUGAUCAGCAAGGCUGUGGCAUUGACAGAGUGGGCGGUUCAGAGAUGGGGGCCCAGAUAGUGAUGUGGUGUAGGUGACACACAUACUGGAUCUGCUAAGUCUCUGCAGAGGGGAAGGGCCAUGAAGGGAGAGGAUGGGAGAACAAGAGUCUUUAGAGGGUCAAUCAGAAAAAGAAGUCAGUGGGCUAGUACAGCAUCUUCAUUUCCCUUUCUUGAAUGGGCUGCUCCUUCCAGGAUAGAAUGGAGGCCAGAGCAUGGACUCUGGAUCUAGACUGCCUGGAUUUCAAUCUCAACCCAACUACCUGUGUGACCUUGGGCAAGUUAUAUAACAUCAGAGUGCCUCGGUUUUCUCAUCUGUAAAAUAGGGACUGUGGAUUAUAAUCGCUAUAAUUCGGCUGUGGGUGGGAAGUAAAUGCGGAAAGCUCUUAGAACUCUGCUGGCAUAUAGUCAGUGCUGAAUGAUGUGAACUGUUGCCUCAGAAGAGGCACAUUGGGAAGGGGAAGUCUUACAAGGGUUUCAUCAUAAUAAAAAGUCUUUCAUUCCUAAAUGUGGGCAAGUUUCAGAGAGUAUGGAUACUAGCAAACUCUCUGUCCCUCGUUCCUGUGCUCUCGGACCUUACACGGGACGUGCACCAGGAUGUCAGACAGCACUGGACCAGGAACACAAAACCUGAGUGCGUCACAGACACACCACGUGACCACUUCUUUCUGGACCUCACCUUCCUCAUCUCUAAAAGGAUGACCUAGAUAAUCAUUCAGGUCACUUCCAGCCUUGCCACUGUGACUCACCUACAUCACAGGGGGAUCAGAGUACAUGCCUUUGUGUGGGUAGCAUGAAUUGUUGAUAUUCCCCCAUGCUUCUCUCCAUGCCAGUCACAGAGUAUGGGAUAUUCAGAAAGAGUGGCCGGGUAUGGGUUUCUGGUUAUUUGUACAUAGCGGUAUGCUCAACCCUAGGUCAUGAAAACUCAAGAGAUUUGUCAGGCUAUUUCACUUGAUCUAAGAAAUGCAACUCAGUGGUUCACACAGAAACAGUUUAUAUAACCAGAGAGCCAAACACACCGAACUUGAAAUCUCACAGGGAACUUUUGUUGGGAGGGCAGGUAUCCAGAUUCCCACUGGGCCUGUGGACUCAGUGAAUGGUAACUGGAAGUUGUACACAGCUUCCCUUGCUGAGCUGUCCAGAGAGCAAUGGAAUUGUACAUUUUCUAGUAAAGAGCCUGAUCACCUGUCAAAAAUUGGGAAUUUUAAAUGAACUACAAAACAUAAUCAAUUUUAUCCACUUUAUACUUUCAGAAGAUAUUCACAGCUCUUGAUAAGUAUGAAUUAUACUUUAAGUCUUCAUGGCAGCUUUUAAAGAACAAAUCUCAGGAUGCAUCUGAAUUAUCCAGCCAAAAUUGUGGUCUGUUUUCAAGAGAAGCAGAUUGAGAUGGAAGUGCACUAUGCUAGACAGACACUGUCUCAAAUUCUGGAAACAUAUGUGUGGAUCCCAGAGCUAUUCUGAAAUUUUUGCUCUGUAAAAUAUCGUUUGAUUCUACACUGUUCUGUGAAUGAACUUUUUUUUCAUAAAAUUGCUAAAUUAAAGCUAAAAGCUAUCUCCAGUGGUGUAAAUCUGAAUUAGAAUAAGGUUGGCAUUUUGUGAAGUAUUAAUAUAACUGUGCUUUUGAAUGAAUAAAAGUGAGAACAUAUUUUUGUUACUUUUGAA